CAGAAGUUGUAGAAGCCGCUAAGAACCCUAAUUUUUCACCUUUUAUCAUCUUACGGUCUAGCCCUAUACAGCCGCCCAUCUCAUACUCAGAAGCUCUUGGAAAGUCAACGAUUAUUUCCCAUUUCUUUUGGCGUAGCCAGUAGAACGAAAGAAGAAGAGGACAGAAGGCAAAGCUCAAAAAUACUGGGUAUGAAGCUUUUCAACGAAGAUGCUGAUCUCCAAAACGAUGAUAUAUCGAAGAUUGAAAUCAACAAAGAGUAUGCUCGAAGAUUCGAGCACAACAAGAAGCGGGAGGAUCUCCAGAGGUACGAGAAACUGAAGAAGAGAGGUCAUGUUGAAUCAUCUGAAGAAAAAUCUUCUUCUGACGACGACGACGAGGACAGUGAGUUAUUCAGUGACGAAAUUACCCUGCGAAAGAAAGAUGAAGAUUUCUUCAAAGCUCUACUCAGUGUGAGAAGCCGUGAUCCGAGAUUGAAGGAAAAAGAUGUGAAGCUUUUUGAAUCUGAUGAUGAGGAAAGCAGCAAAGAAGAUGAAGAAAACAGGCAGAAAGAAAAGAAAGAUAAGAAGUCAAUGUAUUUAAAAGAUGUGGUUGCAAAGCACUUGAUUGAAGAAGGGCCUGAUUUUGAGGAACAGGAUGCUCUUGCUAAGGCGAAAAAGACUUAUAAUGAGGAACAAGAAGAGAUAAAGAAGGCUCUUUUGGACGCAACAGAAGAAUUUGAAAAUGAAGAUGAUGGAGGUUUCUUGAGAGUAAAGGAAAAAGGGGGCAAGUAUGAUGAGGAAAAAGAAGACUCAAAUAAUGGAGAACUUUCAAAGAAGUUGGAAGAAUAUUUUGGGGAAGACACGGAAAUGGAUGAGAAUGCCAAGUUCUUGAAGGAGUUUUUUAGGAACAAGAUGUGGAUAGAUAAGGAAAGGAAAGGUGGGGAUCUUGAGAUUGAUAAUGAGGUAGUGGAUGAGGUGUUGAGGGAUGAAGAGGAGAUUGAGAGGCAAGAGGGGUAUGAGUUGGAGUAUAACUUUAGGCAUGAGGAGAAUGCUGAGGAUAGAGUUAUAGGGUACUCUAGGAAAGUAGAGGGGUCAGUGAGGAAGAAGGAGAGCAAGAGGAAGUCACAAAGAGAAAGGAAGGAGGAGAGAAUGAGGGUUGCAGAAAUGGAAAGGAAAGAGGAGUUGAAGCAUCUAAAGAAUCUGAAGAAGGAAGAAAUUAAGGAGAGAAUGGAGAAGGUUAUGGAGAUUGCAGGCAUUAAGAAAGAUGACUGUCCGAUUAGUGCAAAGGAUUUGGAGGAGGAGUUUGAUCCUGAGGAGUAUGAUAAGAUGAUGAAGGCUGUAUUUGAUGAGAAAUAUUAUGAUGAUGAAGAUGUGGAGUUAAAUAGUGAUAGUGAUAAUGUUGAGAAACCAGACUUCGAUAAGGAGGAUGAGUUGCUUGGACUUCCUAAAGGGUGGGAUGUGCUUGAGUCUAAUGAUGGUUUCUUGGCUGCAAGGGAAAGGAAUAAGCAAAAAUUACAGAGUGAUGGGUGUCUUGAUUCAGGAGAAGAAGAAAAGGGAGAGGAGGUUGAAGACAGAAAUGAAGAUGAUUGUGAAGACGAGAGUGAAGAACACAAAAGUGAAGAUGAAGAAGAUAAUGAGGAAAGUAAGGAAGAGGAAACCGAGGAUGGUAAGCGGAAAAGGAAGCAGAAAAUGUCUGCUGUUCAGAAAGCUUUACAGGAUAUGUGGGAGGAAUUUUAUAAUUUGGACUAUGAGGAUACAAUUGGUGACUUGAAAACUAGAUUUAAAUAUGUCAAGAUCAAACCAAAUAGAUAUGGGUUGAAACCUAGAGAGAUAUUGGCUUUGGAUGAGAAAGAGUUGAACCAAUAUGUUUCAUUGAAGAAACUUGCUCCAUAUACGGACAAGGAAUGGAAGGUACCCAAUAGUAAGAGGUACCAGCAGAAAUUGAGGAUUAAGGAGCUUCUCAGGGAGAAGCGAAAUGGUCACAAGUUUGGUAAGAAAAGGUCAAGAGAUGCUGCUAAUAAAUCGAACGACGAUAAGGACAAAAAACUGGAGGAUUCAAAUGGUGAUUUGACGAAUUUAUCUGAGAAGGGCAAGACAAAGCAUCGUCAAGCAACCAACAUAUCAGAGUCAAGACGGAAAGCAUAUGGAUUGAUUUCUUCUAAACCAAAAAAGAACAAACACACGCAUUGAUUGACCAACAAAAGUAGUUUGAAUGCAGUAUACGGCGAAGAGGAAAUCUGUGGGCAUUUGAGGAAUGCAAAAAAAGUGUCAAAGUGAAGGCUUGGAUUUGCUUACACUUGAAGUAAUUUUAUUGAUAAAAACAUUUUUUUCUUCCUAUUUUGAUAUAUGGAACUGACUGUAGUGCUUCAUGAAAGUGAUUUUUACCCACUUGGGAUGCUUGGGUCUCUUGAUUAGAUUGAAGCAGUUUUGGUGUUUAGAAUUGUUAAACUACAUCUUUCUUUAGUA